GGAAACACCGGUCUCAAUUGCAAUCAAAGAGGCGGCUCAGAGUGUGGAGAAAGUGUUAAAGGCACUGUCACCUAGCUCGGAAGAGAGAUGGAACGAACCACCCUUGAUCUUAGCUGCACAAAUGGGCCUUCAUGAUUUCGUCGGCAAGAUCCUGCGAGUGUGCCCACAGUCAGCAACCUACCUGGACACGAAGGGCAGAAAUGUUCUACAAGUCGCAGUCAUGUAUCGUUGCGAGGAGAUUGUCAAGAUCAUAAUGGACAUGAGAACCAUUUUACCAUUCUGGUUAUUUUCCAAAAUCGACCCCAAAACCGGGAACACCAUCCUGCAUCUUGCUUCACGUGGAAGCCCUGAUGUAGCAAAGAAAGAUCAAGAUGAACCGGAUGCAAUGCAACUGCAUUACGAUUUAGUAUGGUUUGAGAUGGUGCAAUCGAGUAUUCCUAAAGAACUAGUGCAUAGUCGAAAUAAGAAAGGAAAGACAGCGCAAGAGCUCUUUACUUCGAACCACAAACAGAUGCGUAAGAGUUGCAAGAAACAACUAGUGGGGAUUGCAAAGACAUGUACAAGCGCUGUGGCAGCUGUGGUCUUCGCCAUGAGCUCCUCCUUCUCCCACACCGACGAUCCAAAAACUGGCGAUUCACGCAUGUUCAAGGCCUUGUCAUACACAUACGUGAUCGGGUUGUCAUUCGCGGCUACAUCUCUGUUCCUGUUGCUGUCCCUCGUCAAUUCAUCGUACAAGGAGCAGAAGUUCCGCCGUGCCAUCCCAACCAAGUUCUUCUUAGCCCGCCUCACAUAUAACAUGGCGUUGGGGACUCUGUUGCUGGCCUUCACAUUCAACACUUUCCUGCAGAUAUAUGGCGUGGAGGGAGCAAAGGAAAAGCAGGAGAUCACAUUCAUGCUGGAGAUCAUCGUCUGUCCAGUUCUCACUUGCCUCCUCCUCUUCUUUCCUGACGCCAUAUUUGGUACAUUUCGUCGUUUUAUUUAAAGUGUCUAUAAGCAUGCAUCAUCCCUCCACAUCUAUCGAACAGCCAGCCCUACAUAAUAAUUUCAAGUGUUCUUCCGAUCUGCAUUGUUGCGCGUGCUUUCGCUAGAUUUGCGAGUUCUAGCAAUUCAAUAAUCAUAGAUACGUUUAUGUACCAGCAGUUCUGAGUGGACAAAACUGGAUGUCAAUGUGUUACGAGUAUGCAUGUGAAAUUUUAUAGUCGAUAUCUGACUUUUCAGUUGUCA